GUUUUGGGCGGAUCACCACGGAUCAUCAUCAUCGUCACAGCCACGUCCUCCGAACAGCAUCAACACAUCCAAUUCUGCGAUCCGGCAGCAAUAUCGACUGUUGACAGCCGCCAUCGCCAUCUAACAGACCGUCUGCGGCUUGGCCUCGUCUGCCUCCUAUCUUCAUCCUUCCCCGUCCGCCGUUGCUAGGAACCGGACACACUUGAGAACGCUGUCCGGUUACGCGGUCCUGACUGUGUCGAGAUGGCGAAACCCAUCGAUAACCCAUGCGAGGACGAGCCACAGGCCUUACCAUUCAGGACUGGAGGCCCGUUAGCUCGCAUCGAAGAAUAUACCAUCUUCUACUUCCUGGCCAUCUGCUCAUGGUGCCUGGAAAUCGCUGCUGCAUGCUUGGGGUCUCUCUAUGGAGCACAGAGCCAUGCGUUCAUUGGUACCAUUACACCAUUUCUUGCCAUGCAUUGGAUGGCUUUCCUUCAAACAUGCUGGAUGAUGGCGACCGCUCCCCGCAAUACCAUCGCAGAUCGGAUGGCCUACCUCAAUCUCGCUUGUAGAUUCCAAAGACUAUGUGCUCCAACUGCACUGAUCGGCAUGGUUACCUGGGCGGUCGCGUAUCGUUUUCGCGGCAAAGCCUCCAGCCAGGCGUACUGGAUUAUCUUCUUGAUCGUUUGGAUUCUCGAAACGGUCGUCUGCAUUAUGAACGUGUACAACAACAUCAGCUGGGAGAGCGAUUUGCUAUACCAACUCGCUCCAGACGAGCCUCAGGGGAAUUUCUGGCUUGCAGUCCUGGGCGUUCGGUCCAUGUGUCGCGUCAAGCACAAGCAUCACGAGAAUACCGAAAUGGAGCUCAAGCAAACCGCGAGCAAAAGGGUGUAACUACAGGGGCGGGGAUCAAGGCAGCGUUUCCGACUUUACUGCGAUGUACCAGGUUCAUGAUCUGUAGCUAUUUGGGUUGGACACAUGGGGGGCGUAACGUGCCACGUUCUGUCAAUUGGACACUCUAAUGCAUAGCGGCCCUUAUGACGCCGCGGAUAUUUAUUCCCUUUUCCACACAUAGCGAGGGAAACGUCAAGGGCAAUACCAUGCUCACGAAUGAGACCCGUACUUCAAGGGUGACGAAACUGCGCAAAUGGAUGGCCAUGUGUUGCUGCAGGUUAUCACCGUCUAUGCAUCCACAGCUCCAAGAUCCAGCUCUCUGGAUCUGUAU